UCGUUUUGCGUCAACGCUGGGCAUUGUAUUUCCGGAAAAUACUUUCAGUUUCGGUUUUUCCAGUUGUUGAUCACGAAGAAUGCAAUCUUGAUCAUUUAAACGUUUGAAAUCAAUAUUGUGAAAGAUUCAAGAUGUCGGGAGAGAAAAAAGAUUAUAGAGAUGAACCGCCCCCUCAGUAUCAGCCCAGCGCGGGGUAUGGAUACCCUCCCCAGUACCCCCCUCAGCAGUACACAGACCACCCAGGGUUUCCUCCAGGAGGCUAUUCCACUAACGCAGUCAUUGUUGCCCCUGGACCAAUGACCAUGAAUGAGCCACCUCCCCCUGACUACAUGAACAGAGCUAUCUUCGUGACGAUUUGCUGUUUCUGGCCCACUGGAAUAUUUGCUAUCAUGAAAGCCAGUGAGUCGCGAAGUGCGUAUGCUAGAGGAGACGUGCAAUCUGCGCGCAGUAACUCCAACUCGGCUCGACAGCUGUCCAACAUAUCGAUAAUGGCUGGUGUGGCUUCCAUCCUUGUGGCCGUCAUCUUUGUUGGGGUGUAUGUGGGUCUGGUUUUGAGGAGUAUUACCUAGAAUGGACCCAGAACCCCUGAAUGGCUCUCUGAGAUGCAGAAAUUGAAGAAAAUUCUACAGCAGAAAUAUUUGGGUUUUUUAUAUAACUUUGUAAAACAGCAUCAAUUUAUCAGUCAGUCAGAAACAUGUAUUUUAUUGGGAAUCUUAUACAUGUACCUUUUAUACAGUUAUAUGAUAAAGAUCAAAUAUAUAUUUUGUAACCUUUGCAUUUACCAGGGCACAUUCAUAUUUUUGAUAUACGCAGAUUGUUCAAUGAAAUGGACUGAAUUUGGAUAAAACAAGUUAUUAAUGUCAUGGAAAUCGUUGUUUUGAUGUUAAAUUAUCAUCGUGUUGUGUACAGCUCAUUAGCAUUUGAUUUCUUUUGAAUUCGAAAAUUUAACAUAAUUUUUUUUUUAACUCUAUUUGUUAUAAAUUGAUAUUUAAUGUUAAACAAUACCUGUUUCAGGGAUAUAUAUAUAUAUAUAUAUACACACAUAUCAGUAGCCUUCUGUUUCAUUAUCUCAUCUUAAUAUUUUAUACAUCAUUUAAGAUAGAACUCUUGCCAUAAUUUGCUGAUAAAUACGAUGAAAGAUGGGGGGGGGGAGAUUCUCUUCUGGGCUUUUCAUUAUUAUCAAUCAAAAUUGAAAUGUUAUUCACGUGUUGUGCAUUCUUUAUUUUACAUAGGGAUGGGGGCUGUUAUUACAUAGGGAUGGGGCUGUUUUUCCGAACUGUUUCGUGUUUUUAUUGUGAUAUAUACACAAUAUGUUAUUCUAUCAGGGGAAGAAAUUUCAUGCAUUAAUGAUAUCCUAUAUAAUUUGGAUUGAAAAAUGUUCCAGUUUGUGAAGUUAACAUUUACAAAAGAAAACAGAAUGUAUUAUUUUACAAUGGUUUUAUUUCUCACCCAUGUUUUAUAUAAAAUUAUGUAUAUGGUGUUUUAUCUUCAGUGUACAUACCACUACAUUGUGUAGUUGUUGUUAAAAUAAACAAUCAAGAUUAACAAAAA